GGCCCAAAGAGAGGAGCUUCUAUAAAGGAUCUGGGUCAGAAACAGAAUAGAGAAAAAGAAAAGAGAGGAUCAACAGUGUGUGUCUUUGGAAAAUAUGGGCGACCCUCUCCACGUGAAUCCUUGAAUCCCACCCCCACCAUUCCCAACCACACACACACACACACACACACAGAAAAACACAGACAAAUCCAGAGACACCACGAGAGAGCGAGAGAAACCACACAUUCUUUUGUUGUGAGGAAAAUAAGAAUUCUCACUUUUUAUUGGAUAACAGCAAUGUGGGGUCACAAAUUCCAGUUCCUGCUUCUGAUCCACUUCCUGCUGUCUGACAUGGCUCAUUCCCAAGCUCCACCCCCUCCUCGCUUCAAGAACAGAAUUGGAUCUGGCAUUUUCUCCAUCAUUCCUCCAUCUUCACCUCCAAUCCCAUCAGAGGAAGCGAGGUUCAUCCGAGAUGAAGAACCUCGCAGUGACCCCAUCCGGUAUCUGGUCUCUGGCCUUGUGGAAUCUUUACGCGGUCUUGUGUAUCUCCAUGGAAAUUUGAGCUGUGCGGAGCUGGGGGUGGGGCCUUGGAAAGGGAUGGGGUUUUCACAUGAACUUCUGGGCUUGGUCAUGGUGCCUGUACUGGUGUCUGCAGGAUGUGAACCUGAAGCCGAGGAACUGGUGAGGAACUUGUUCAUAUUGCUGGGACGGGAUGAUACAUGGGAACUUCUGGAGGACAUAGUAGCUCUAGUUAGAAGGUCAUCUUUACAUCGUUCAAAUUCCAUGUCCAUUCCAUCCAAACCAAGCGGUCAGUCGGAGCGCCACUUGCAAGCCAUGAUGUUUAACAUCCAACAGCUGGCAGGGAAUGAAGAUGUGGGUGAAAAUGUUCCUGGCUUGGAGAAGCGAUGUCAGGGCUGGAUGAGGAUGAAGGACACAGUGUUGUUAGGUCAAAAGGUCGAUCAUGGAAAGAUGCGUCUAAGCAAAGCAAAGCAUUUGUGCCGAAAUCUGGGAUUUGUCUGUGCAGGCGUGACACAGGAAGAUCCCACCAGCCCUGAGUUAUACCACGUUGUGCUCAGACCCGGCAGCUGGCUUAUGCCUUCACAUCCUCCCAACCAAUCAGAUAGCUGGAUUCAGAGCUGCAGGGUGUGGCCUGUACGCUGGCGCAGGCACACCGCUCAUCAGCCAGGCUGUACGAAUGAAAAAGAGGAGCGUGUGUAUAGAGUCGUGGAGUGGAUCCCUGCAGUCUCCACCCUCUAUAACCUGGGUACGGCUGUUUAUUAUGCCUCCAUGAGCUGCUCGGAUACAGCAAAAGAACGAGCCCUGAUGAGCGCUGUGGAUCUGGGAACCGAUGCUCUCGUGGCAGCCACAGGUGGCACAGCGGGCAUAGCCGGAUAUGCCCUGGGGGCGGGGCUUAAAACAAGCGUGAAAGCCGGAGUUAAAUAUCUGCUGAACAGAAUGAACCAUGAGGAAGACCUGCUCAUGAACCAGAACAACUGGGAGGACGAAAGCAUCAGCUAUCAAUAUAAAUAAAUAAUGAUUAUAAACUAAUGACUGGAUGUUUUUCCACUGCACAACUGGAACUGUACUGUUAGCACUAGAUAACUGCAACGGUGCUUUCUCCAAAGGUACCAACAUUUAUAGCUGGCUGUUUCAUUAAUUUGUAUUCAGGGGUGGAGCUAAUAGCAUUGUAUGCUGCUGAUUGGUCAAAUAUACAAUAUCAAUAUCAUUUUAUAUGCAAGAUAAAAAUUCCAUCCAAAACCCUUCCACACAAUGUAUAACAUUCUUUACUAUCUUCACUAAAAGUGAUCAUAUUUACAAAGUAAAAUCAUACAACUGAUUUUUUUUUUAAUUAAAGCAGUAUUAAUACCAAUUUAUUCUUUUCUUGAGGAACUAAAAUGAUCUCUAGUUUUUAUAUUUGGUCCAAAACAAUCUUGUGUAGUAAAUCUGAUCAGUCCACAUGGGAUAACUGAUCUCUGUACAUUCACGGAUCUAUGCAUGCUCAUCACACAAAAAUGUCAAGUUCAGUACUUCUUGUAGGGGGCGUGGUCAAGCUCUAUUAUUAGUUGGUCACAUGACCAUAACGUGUCUGUAGCUGUACCUGUGCUAGGACCUUCCCUCGUAACUAAACUAAACUAAACUAAACUAAACCUCCUGGAGGCAUUGCUUCUCUGACACUUUUAAACCUUGCCUAUAUUUUAUUUUUCUGUGUUUUAAACUUGGUUUCAUUUUAUUUUUGACGGGAGAUGAUAGAAAAGAGCAUGAGCCUCUAUUUUCCACAGAAUAAUGCAAUCCUUACCAACAUGUCAAUUCAGACAGGAUAUAUACUGUAUUAUCUGGGGUUAUUUCUACUGCUCGUAUUUCUAAAAAACAAAAAAGCAUUUCCCCAUUUUCUCCCUAAAUAAUCUUGGCCAAUUCCCACCCACCACCCAGCUCUCCCCUAUCAUAUGAGAGCUACCACCUGGGGAGAACAAAAUCAUGGGGUGUCGUUAUACACACAGAUUGGCUAGCGAUAUCGUGAUUGACAGGGGAGAGAGAGUAUGCCCCGCCCACUCAGACAGCAUGGCCAAUGACAGGCUGAACACUUUUCUGUUGCGCCACUUUACAGAAGGUAAAAUAUGGUGUAAUCUAAAUAAAUUCAUGAGUGACAUGCUGGGUUUGGAGAGCACUAAAACCCCAGAGAUACUCCAGGAAUAAUUAUAUUCCCCACCUCCACAGGGACAACUAAUGCAGUCUGAAUAGGUCUUAUGAUAUUCAGUAUUUUCAGAAGAACUGUCUUUGCUUUACAGACUUUCUUUCACACAUCAUCACACACUCAUACAGUAAAAUUAGCCAUUUGGCUCCGCUCACUUGUUUGGUUUCCAAAACAUCAAUCUAAUUAAACUAAUGUAUGCAAAAACGUUGGAGAGCUGAGCCGAGGAUAAAACAUGACAAGUAGCAGCAGUUUUGUGACUUUAGAAGGUUUUUUUUUUACUGUGUUUAAACAAUGUUGUAUUCAUUUCGUCAUAUUUUCACCAACAGUUUGUUGUUGGAAUUAAAUUCAUUUUUAUUUUGUCUUUCCUGUUGGAGAUAUCUGUUAUAGCUCUUGUUUAGUUCGAGUUUUUGAGUGUGCAGUGUGAAAAUGUCCAUCAAAUACCAGGAAUUAAAUAAAAAAGAAGAUCUACUCCUGCACAGUUAAAAGACAUCACAUUGGUCAUGUGACUCUUCACAGAUUCCAGGUGAACAAACUCAUUUAAUACCUCUAUAAUUGUUUUCAGUUGACUCGAUGAUUAAUGUAUUAACAAUACGACCAGUUUAUUUUAAAGAAACUAUCAAACAAAAACCCGAUGCUACUAAUAUACAUUUAUAUGUGAUGUAUGUGGUGGAAUAUUUAACUUUGUACAUGUUUAAUCUGUUACUGUCAGGUGUUUAUGGCAAUACAAAUAAAGAGAUUGGAAAUGUUCCUACUUAAAUGAA